GAGAAGGAAUACCUCAGGAUCUGUUCAUCUCUUCCUGUAUUUCUGGGAUAUCAUUAACCAUCAUUACAAAAAGAUGCUGUUUUGGGAGAGAAGCUGAUUUUCUACUGAACGAAUCUCUGCUGGAUUUAUCAUGGGCACUGCUGCAUCCUGUCAAAGCAGGAGGCUCUGACAACAGCACAGACUGUACUGAACCACCACGUCUGUUUGUCAAAAACCGGUAAAAAUCAGCUGCUGUGACAUGUUGACGCCUGCGAUUUCCAGGCAGCUCAUCCCAAAACCUGACUCUGCUUCCCGUUGUGAAAGGCCUUCACGUGAACAGGAGUAAUUUUCACAACAGAAAAUGGACCCCCACCUCACGCUUUACCUGCAUUUGGCAAAUCACAGUGGAGCCAUUUGAACGCCCAAACAGUCAGGACUGUUUUGUGUGGAUUGAUGAUUCUAUGUAGUGUGUGUGCGAGUGCAGCGCAGCCUUGGAUCCAUCGUGGAACCACAGUCCGCCCGGGCGCCCAGCCUUCGGGCCGGAGACGCUCCAAACCAGCAACUACUCUCUGGUGCUGUUGAUUCAGCUCAGCCUGCUCUCCUUCGACCUGUUCGUCAACUCCUUCAGCGAGCUGCUGAGGGCUGAACCGGCUGUGCAGCUGGUACUUUUCAUUAUCCAGGACAUCGCCAUCCUGUUCAACCUCAUCAUCAUUCUGUUGAUGCUGUUUAACACCUACGUGUUCCAGGUCGGCCUGGUCGCCAUAUUGCUGGAGCGAUUUAGAUCUCUGCUAAUGCUCUCUGCUCUCUACCUGACCUUCAGUAUCAUUCUCCACUCCUGGCUUAUGAAUCUGCGUUGGCUGAAUACCAACAGAUUUAUUUGGACAGACGGUCUUCAGGUGCUGUUUGUCUUCCAAAGAGCUGCUUCUGUGUUGUAUUACUACUUCUAUAAGAGGACCUCUGAGUAUCUGGGUGACCCUCGUCUCUACGAGGAUUCGCCGUGGCUGCGGGACGUCUUUGCUCGAGUCAGACAGUGAUCUCACUGCAGCGGAGCACAGGAUGCCACAGAGGCCGGGACUAGUGUAAAAAUGGCACAGUAAAAAAAAAAAAAAAAAAAAAAUACCCAUAUGGAAAGCAAAGGUUACAAAUAAUAGAAAGUUUGCA